CUGCAGUCGAAAACAUGGUGUCGGAAGAAUGGGACGACGUAUAUUUCAUGGUCUCGGAAAGAAAACGUCCUGACCAGAAAAACAUCCCAGAUGUGUUUCACGUGCCUCAAUGCGAUGGCAAUGAUGUCUAUGAGCUUAGUGCCGACGAACUUCAACAUCUGCUUUCUACCAAGGCUAUGACCUCGGUGUCUUUCGUGAAGCAUUGCUUGGAAAGAAUCAGAAGAGUCAACGCGUAUUUAGAGUGCGUGAUUGAGACAAACCCUGAUGCUUUGGAGAUCGCACAACAGCUCGAUGAUGAGCGAGCAAAGGGCAAGACUCGUGGACCCUUGCAUGGCAUUCCUGUUCUGGUCAAGGACAACAUGGCUACCAAGGACAAAAUGCAAACUACUGGCGGCUCGUGGGCUUUGCUCGGCGCUAUCGUUCCCAAAGACGCACACAUCGUCCAUCUAUUGAGGAAAGCAGGUGCAAUUAUCCUGGGUCACUCGAACCUGGACGAGUGGGCUGGCAUGCGCUCUAAGAUCUAUUCGAAUGGCUACUCCGCCCGUGGUGGUCAAACCAGAAAUCCGUAUAUGCUCAGCAGGAAUUCGAUCGGGACAUACGGAAGAUGUGUAUCUGAUGCAGCCCGUGCUCUGGACGCAAUAGCUGGACCUGAUCCAGAAGACAAGCAUUCGGUCGUCCCCGAGAGACGCCAGCCAAAGAGUUAUGUCGACAGCUUAACUACCAGAAAGGCGUUGUAUGGUGCAAGAUUUGGUCUUCCCAUCAAACGCUUUUGGGAGCUGGUGCCCAAGCAGCAAAGGAAGGUGGCUGAGAAAGUCCUAAAGCUGAUCAAAGAUGCUGGGGCAGAGAUUAUACCAGUUGAAAUGCCUUGUGCUGAGGAACGUAUCGCGCCUGAUGGCGGAUGGGACUGCAAGCUCAAAAAUACAAACAUCAAAACGGUCGAAGAUGUCGUCCGCUUCAACAACGAAAACGCAGGGUCUCAAGGCGCUAACCCUGGCGACCAUCCGGCUUUCCCUUCAGCCUACUACUCCGCCUUCGCUCACAUGCGCAAGCAGUGCCGUGAAAACGGAAUAGAUGCAGCUCUAAACCCAGUCAUAAACGGCGAAAAGACCUCUUUGGAUGCCCUGCUCUUCUGCGACGUCCGUGGCGCAGGCCAACAAAUCGCCGCUCAAGCUUGUACGUUGCAAUUUGAAUCUCGUCCUCCACUGAUAAAAGUGACUAUCGUACUAACAAGCUAUCGCAGCNNAUACCCCGUUAUGACCAUUCCCAUCGGCCUUGAUGUUGACGGCAUGCCCAUAGGCUUGAACAUCCAACACACAGCCUGGGAAGAAGCAACACUUGUGCGCUGGGCGUCUGCGAUAGAAGAUCUGCUUCGUGCAGAAGUCGGGCCCAGAAAUCCUCCUCGCUACCAGGAUCAUCUGGCCAAGAACAUUCCCGUGGAAAAUGAAUAUAGGUACCCGGGUGCGCCUCCGAGGUUUGGAGACAGGCCUCCGCCUUCC